AUGCGGGGGAGUGGAAAGUUCGACAAGAACUUUGUCGCUGCGAAGUCCGUGGCCGUCAAGGUGCUGCUACUCGAGAACAAACUUCCCGCCAGUGCCCUUGAGUUUUUGGCCCAACUUCUAUUCCUUCUUACUUGUUCACUUCCAAGCCCUCAGGGCGCACCCAAAGCCCGUCUCUGCCUUUUUAAUGGAAUCGUUGAGAUUUCCCGAGUUGCGUGA